AUGGCUUGUAAGAUUGACAUCCGGAAAGCUUUUGACACUCUCAGAUGGGACUUUCUGUUGAAUGUUCUUCAGGUUAGUGGUUAUGAUGACAGGUUCAUUAAUUGGAUUAAGAUCAUUCUUCAUUCGGCUAGAUUGUCUAUUCUCUAUAAUGGGAAACUACGUGGUUAUUUUGGUUGCUCGCGGGGCGUUCGAAAGGGUGAUCCGUUGUCUCCUAUUCUUUUUGGGAUUGCCGAGGAUAUUCUUAGUGCUCUGUUUCGGGAUUGUGUUGCCUCUGGUCAUCUUGUUCCCAUGAGUAUGACUCGCCAUCAUAUGUUCCCCACACAUCUCUUCUAUGCUGAUGAUAUUUUGGUGUUCUGUAAGGCUUCUGUUCGGAAUGCUAAGGCGAUUAUGAAGAUCUUGGAUUAUUAUAGUUGGAUUUCUGGACAGGGUUCGGCUCUUUUUACUUAUUUGGGGGUUCCUAUUUUCCAUGGUCAUGUUCGGGCUUCUUAUUUCAGGCUGAUUCAUGAUCGUAUUUUGGCAAAGUUUUCUCGUUGGCAUGGGAGGCUUCUUUCUAUGGCUGGGCGUCUUUGCCUGGUCAAAUCUGUCAUCCAGAGUUGUAUCACGCAUUCUAUGAUGGUCUACAAAUGGCCCAAAUUUUUGAUCAAGGAAUUGGAUGGGAGAUGUCGCAAUUUCAUUUGGACUGGAGAUGUCAGGAAGAAGCCGACUUGUUUUGUUAGCUGGAGUCGUGUUUGUGCAAUUAAGGAGGAGGGCGGAUUGAGAGCUCGCUUUGGUUAUUCGGCCCUGAGGGACAGAUAUUUGGAUAUUUUUGGUCAGGUUAAGAGUUAUUCUGCUUCUUCUUCGGUUUGGCUGGGUCUCCGUGAGGAAGUGGGCGAUUUGGUUGAGAACUCUUAUAGCUACAUUGGGGAUGGCGCUGCCACGAACUUUUGGAAAGAUGACUGGCUGGGUUACAGGAUCAUUGAUCAUUGCAAAGUUCCUUAUUAUAUUGUUGAUUCGCUGGAGUAUUCUGUAGCAGAUUAUUUCUAUGACGGUGUCUGGCAUUUUACUCAAGACUUCAUUAAUCAUUAUCCAGAGGUGGUUGGUGACAUUUUCGUGCUUCCUAUUGGGUUUGAUUCUGAUACUCGUUACUGGAGACCUUCUCUUCACGGUACGGUCACUGCUGCUCUUACUUAUGCGAAUCAUUGUAGCCGUUUUCCUAGAGUUGCUUUCAAGGAGAUGGAAUGCAAUUUUAACCUCGGUCAUAUGGACAAUUCGUGGACUGAUUAUACUAUUCUCCGUGCUCUUGGUGUUGCUACCCGUGCGGCGCCUCCGCCGGAUUUUAUUUUUGUUCAUUGGUGGCCUCCUGCGUCCUCUUGGAUUAAAGUCAAUACGGAUGGGUUUGCUAUGGGUGCUCUUGGUAACAUUGCUGCAGGUGGUGUUUUUCGUGAUCACUUUAGCUGGGUUCGUGGUUCUUUUCAUUACAAGGACGGGGUGGGCUUCACUUUUGUGGCCGAGCUCCUAGCGGUUAUCAAAGCUAUUAUGAUUGCUCAUGACCGAGGGUGGCACCAUUUAUGGAUAGAAUCGGAUUCUACGUACAUUGUUCAUCUUUUGAUGGAACGGUCGUGCUCCGUUCCGUGGCGUUUCAUUGUUUUGUGGAACAAGGUUCUUAGUCUGCUUUCUGAGUUCCAACUUCAUAUAUCUCAUAUUUAUCGCAAGGGGAACAAAGCUGCUGAUAUCAUGGCUAAUUAUAGUAGAGAUAAAGGAAAACUAACAGUGCAGGACAAAGAAUGGAGAUCCCAGUUAGCUGCCCUCUUUGAGAGAGCAGCGCAGCGAUCGGCAUCCCAUGAAGGAGCAGCGCAGUCAUCGCCAUCCCAUGAAAAAGCAGCGCAGUCAUCGCCACCCUACGAGAGAGCAGCGCAGCACCAGCGCUCCUUGGAGAAGGCAGCGCAGACUUCAACACCUGAAGAUGCCGGCGCAAGCGAAGAAUUCCCAACUACUUUCUGA